UGCUGCUACCAUAGAAUUUUUGCAAAGUUACAUUAUUUUGUGGUGUUUCGUGGUCGUACUUGUUCCUCGCUCGCAAAUCAAAUUCUAAUCAAAAAUGGCUCCUCCAUCAUUCUCCGAUUUGGGUAAACAAGCUCGUGACAUCUUCGGCAAAGGUUAUCACUUCGGUUUGUGGAAAUUGGACUGCAAAACCAAAACUCCAUCUGGCAUUGAAUUCAGCACAGCCGGUCAAUCUAAUCAAGAAUCUGGCAAGGUUUUCGGUUCAUUGGAGACCAAAUACAAGGUUAACGAUUACGGUUUGACUUUGACCGAAAAAUGGAACACAGACAACACCCUCUUCACCGAGGUGGCCGUGCAAGACAAAUUGCUCGAGGGCUUGAAAUUGGCCUUCGAAGGCACCUUUGCCCCACAAACUGGCAACAAGACUGGCAAAUUCAAGGUUGCCUACGGCCAUGAAAAUGUCAAAAUCGAUUCCGAUGUCAAUGUGGAUUUGAGCGGUCCCUUGAUCAAUGCCUCGGCCGUUUUGGGCUAUGAAGGUUGGUUGGCCGGUUACCAAACCGCCUUCGAUACCCAACACGCCAAGUUGACCACAAACAACUUUGCCUUGGGUUACACCACAAAGGACUUUGUCUUGCAUACAGCUGUCAAUGAUGGCCAAGAAUUCAGCGGUUCCAUCUUCCAAAAAUGCUCCGACAAAUUGGAUGUUGGUGUACAAUUGUCCUGGACCUCGGGCAGCAACAACACCAAAUUCGGUUUGGGUGGCAAAUACCAAUUGGACAAGGAUGCCGCUUUGCGCGCCAAGGUCAACAAUGCCUGCCAAGUUGGUUUGGGCUACCAACAAAAGUUGCGUGACGGUAUCACCCUCACCCUCUCCACCUUGAUCGAUGGCAAGAACUUCAAUGCCGGCGGUCACAAGAUCGGUGUUGCUUUGGAAUUGGAAGCCUAAGCAGCCGUCAAUUGUCCAUAAGUUUUAUUUUUUAAUUGUACUAACACUACCAAAUAAAUAUAACAACAACAAAAAAUAAACUUUCACAAA